GCGCUCCACACAUGACAAAGCUACACAGCGCGCCUGUGGAAACCAGGAACGGAGCACGGGGCGUUUUUUUGUGGAGAAACCAGACAAGACAAGAUCUCGAUUCUGCAUCUUUUACCUGCAGCACCGACAAACAACUCCAGUUACCAAUUUGACUUUCCAUUUAUUUCCUUGUGAGGCUGGCAGCUCUCCCAGUCCCUCGCUCUCUUCUCUUUCUCCUGAACUUUAUAGGGAUGUUAUAUCUGAGCAUCACCACCGCGCUCAAAGCCCAGAUAGUGCUGAAGAAGAAGUGAGUGUAGGACGCAUGUGAAGGACUCGUUCCUCUUCUUCUACUACUACUACUUUUUGCUCGGUUUAAUACACAAGAGAGAGAGAGAGAGAAAGAGAGGGAGUGUGCAGGAGAGAGAGAGAGAGAGAGAGAGAGAGAGAGAGAAGUCGCUCAGGUUUUUUGGAGCUACGCUUUCAUGCCGUCAGUCUUGCGGACUCUGAGAUGGACGUCAGAUUUUAUCCAGCUCCCCCUUCAAGCGUGGGUUCAUGUACUGACUCCGGUUUGGACUAUUACCACUCCAACAAGAGCAGAUACGGUGCUGCAGAUCGAGGUGUGAGGCUCUACAGUUCCCUGCCCAUGCGCCCAAACCCUGACGGCAAGAGACUGCCCUCUACUGGGUUUGAUGGUGACAACAUGUACAUGAAUGAAAACAACCAUGAGUUCCUCCCGCCAAACCAGAGCUACACAGGUCAGACUGGCGGCGGCGGGGGAGGAGGCGGAGGCGGCGGCUCGGGCAGUGGGAACGGGGACGAAGACUACGAGAUCCCCCCCAUCACUCCACCCAACCACCCCGAGCCUCCUCUUCUUCACCUGAUGGAGCACGACUCCACAGGCUACCUCUGCCACUCGCUGCAACACAAUGGGCUCAUCAACCCGUAUUCCUACCCAGAGCUGCCCACACUCAUGAUGUCUAACAUGCUGGCACAGGACAGCCACCUCGUCUCCAGCCAAAUGCCCUCGCAAUCAAUAUAUCAAUCUCUCGAUGACGAUGACCUGGCUAUCUACCUGCGCGCACUCUGCCCGUGCACUCAUCACCGGAGUGUUCCACAAGCUGCUAGCUUGACAGCUAUGCAGGAGAUGGCUUUGCACCACCACCAACAGCAACACCAACACCAUCACCACCAUCACCCAGACGGCGCUCAUUAUGACCACGCCCGUACCCACUCCCUGAUAAACAGCUCACCUCCGAUACUGCCCAACCCCAUGAGCGCACUGACCCAGCUAAACCCUCAGGUCAGCAGGAGUGCACUGCCUCAUGGUUCCCCCUCACCUCCCGGGAGUAAAUCGGCCACGCCCUCCCCUUCGAGCUCCAAUCAGGAGGAGGAGACUGAUCCUCAUUCGAAGAUGGUCUUCCAGAUCACGGGCGAGAAGCGGCCGUCUUCAGAGAUGAUGAAGCCCAAGCCCAAACCCCAGAAAAAGAAGAAGAAGAAGGAUCCAAAUGAGCCCACAAAGCCAGUGUCAGCCUACGCCUUGUUCUUCAGAGACACCCAGGCAGCCAUUAAAGGACAGAAUCCCAACGCCACCUUCGGAGACGUAUCCAAGAUAGUGGCGUCCAUGUGGGACGGACUGGGAGAGGAGCAGAAACAGAGCUACAAGAGGAAAACAGAGGCUGCUAAGAAGGAGUACCUGAAAGCCCUGGCCGCCUACAGAGCCAGUCUGGUUUCCAAGACAUAUAAUGACCCUGUGGAUACAAAAAGUGGCCAAUCGGGCCAGGGUUCUCCCCAUAUGAUGCCAGCCAACCCGCCCCUGUACAGCGUGCCACCUCCCCCCCAGCCGUCGUCGCCCUACCUGGGCCCCGGGGCCUUCCCGCUCACCGACCUGCAGAGCUAUGCAGGACACGCCCCCCGCCACGCCCUGUCGCAGACGCUCAGCCAAUCGCAGAUGCUGCCAAGCAUUAGUGCCUCUCCCCCUUCCUCCUUCCAGAUCAGCCCGCCCCUUCACCCCCACCAGCAGCUCUCCCUGCACCAGAGCUCGCUCCUCAACCAGCCUAUCCGCAUGCAGCAGGUCCAGUCCCAGCCAAUCAUCUCUCACCAGAUGGGGCUGCAGGCCUCUCUUCACUCCCCACCUCCUGGGCAGCAGGGUUUUUCCCACCUCCAGUCAGAGUAUCAGAAGAGCAUUGGGGGUUCCCAGUCUCCAGGAGCCCCUGGCCCUGGUCCAGGCCCUGGAGUGGCUCAGAGCCAUGACUGGGACAGUGAAUACUGCAAUCGGGAGUGUGGCAACCACUGCAGUGGCAGCAUGAUUGGCAGGGACAAGCCACUCUACCUCACCUGAAACUGAAGAUCAUGCUCUGUCGACAAAUACGACACCGAGGAGUCUACUCUCACCCCCCUCACCCCUAUCCCCCCAAACCUUCUCUUCUGAUACACACUUAACAUACAAUAACACACAUAGACAGACACACACACACACACACACACACACACACACACAAACACACAUUCCGCCUCCCGAAUCACCACCACCACCGCCACCUUUUUUUGUCAAUGUAAUUAUUAUUUCUCUCAGUUUCUAGACAAAUUUGUGACCAGAGUUUUUUGACUAUAGAUGACUGCUGUCUGUACCACUUAAUGUAUUAGCAGUCCUCUUGCUGUUUAAAAUUUGCCAAGCACUUAUAAGGCCCCCCAUCCCUCCCUCCCUCUUACCUCCCCACCCCUUCCUCUCUGAGUUGUGCGUCUACGCCGUCUCUGAUACAGGCCGGGCUGUAGAGCACUCACCAUCAAAGUCCCCUCAGGGACCCCAUCCAGCUUUAAUUAGAAUGAGAAGACAAAAAAAUACUCUUCCUCUUCUUUAAUCAUUUUAAUUUUUCCUUUUGUGUUUUUUUUUUUGUUUGUUUCUUUUUCGUUGUUGUUGUCGUUGCUGUUUUAUUUAUUUCUGGCUUGCGAAAAAUCUUUUUUCUUUAUUUUUUUUUUGCCAAUAAGCGUUGGGCCCUGUACUGUAGAGAAAUAUUAACUUCUAGUAGGUUCAGCGCAGGCUUUGAUGUUACGGUAGCUUCGCUUAAGGGCCUGCAAAUUGAUACAAAAAGCUUGGGUGGGGAAACAAAACAAAAAGAAUCGUUUUUUUUAAUAUUAAAGACCUGUUGAGGUCUACUGAGCUGUCACAGUGUGAUUGUAAAUAUCACUUUUAUGGGAUCAAAUUGGGAAUUGGAAGUCCAGAUAGAUUUGUUUCUUCUUUAAUAUUACAUGUAAGUCAUUCUGUGUGUGGGUGUGUGGGUGUGUGUGUGUGUGUGUGUGAGUGUGUGUGUGUGUCUGGACGUUAGAAUGUACCCCCAUUCAUGACGUGUGAAGUGUGUAUGUGCGCGUGGACAGACACGUGCGCGUGCGGGAGUGUCUCAGUGUUCGGGUGUCGAGUCUUUCUCGUGAAUUUUAACAGCCUUGUGCAGCUGGAUUUUCAGAGGAGUAUUUCACACUCUCGUUCUUGCAUUAAAUCUGUGCUCACUGGUGUGUUUUUUUUCCAAUAAAGUUCAAUCUAAAACUGAAUACACAAUAUGUGUCCUGCAGAUCAUUAAAUGGAAAAGAGCCAGGUGAGAGACAGAGAGGGAAAGAGAUAGAAAGAAACGCUGUGAGAUAAAAAUGAGAUAUAAUGUUGCAGGUGGAGAAAAAAAAAGAUAUUGCCUCAAAAUGCCCCCCCCCCCAACCCCACCCCACCACCACCACCUCCCUUUUCUUAUUUUGUCUGACCAUAAUGUCAAUUCUGUCUCCUCGACAUGCAGAAGUGAAGUAAUGAAAUAUGUGAAUGGAGCCAUCACAUCCACAUUACGGUGAUUUUUUUUUAUAAGUUUCUACUUGGUGUUUGGUUGUGUUGAUCUCAUCUUUUUAACUUUUUUGUGUGAUUAACAGAAAUGCAUUUUGCUGACAAAGACAUCUGUAUUUAUCUCUUUACUGUAGCAUAAUUUUAGUUGUUACAGAACUAUAACAUUUUAAGUUGUGUAAAAAAUAAUAAAAAAAAAAAACCUGCCAAUUGUAGUUAUUUUAUUUGUAAAGCCAGUAAUGAUAAAUAUUUUAAAUGGUUAUCGAUAUAUUGUUUUCGCUAGUUUACCCAUCAUCAGCCAUUUGACAGGUUUUCUUAUUUAUGAAAGGAAUUAGAUCACUUUUGCUUCUUACAAUGGAGGUGUAUUUUUAUUCUUAUUUUAUUGUUUAGUUUCCUUUGGUUUGAUAAAAAUGCCGAUGACCACAGUUUUUUUUUUUCUUUAUUUUUUACAUUUUGGGUGCUGCUCCUUUUUUUUUUCUUCUUGCCAGCAGCAUCUGUUUGUGUCACAAUGCUUCUUUUAUUUCAAACCUGCAUAAUAAAAAAAAGUUUAAAAGUGA